AUGAUACCACACAAGUUCACCAUGAUACUGUAUGAGUUCACCAUGAUACCACAUGAGUUCACCACGAGUUCAUACGCAUCCCUCAUGAGUUCGCAUGUGUUCAUGUUACGGAGUAACAACGAAUCGAGAGAACUCCAUCGAGUUCGACGGAUUAGGAAGGAGAACGGCGGGAGUUGGAGGCAGUGCUGCACACCAGAGCCCCUAGAUUUCCACGAGACCUCCAUCGAGUUCGACCCAACCUGCGACCUAGUCGUCGUGUUUCCAGUACCGUUACAAGUUGAAGAAUCAGCCUUACGCACCUUGGGUCGAAUCGGAGAGUACUGUAUGCUCACCAGAGGGAAAGCGCGGAAAAUGAUACCAGAAAAAGAGGAGUUGGAACAAGGGCUGGUCCCAGAGGAAGAAAUACCAACAAGUUCUUCGAGAAGUACCAUUUCACAUGAUCUCACUUCUACUACCACUACCCCAGAUCCGCUAAAUGAAUUAUCGCAGCAGUUGUCACAAUUGUUAGCCAUUAUGACGAUGCAACAAAAGGAACAAAAUGCAUUAAGGGAAGAACUGGCUACGAUGAAAGCUGACCGACAGAACCAACAGAUACUCACAUCGAAAGGGGCAAGUUUGAUCGAAGUCGGAGAAAACAAGCCGUGUUUGGAGCCAAAACUUACCAACAACGAACGAACAGGAAGAACCAGGUGUGCGGAUCCACCUACCUUCAGUGGAGAACGAGGAGAAUUGGACAACUUCCUUGCAGCAUGUCACAUGAACUUCGAAUUCAAAGGGGCAGAGUACGCCACCGAUCGCAGAAAGAUCCUGUUCAUGUACGGGUACCUUCGAGGCACCCCUCAAAUGCUUAUAACCCCGGCCAUAACCAAUCCAAUGGUAAAUAACACCGACCCUCGAACCAAAUCGGACUGGAUCUAUUUCAAACAGCAUGCUGCUAGACGCAAACAUGAGACGACCUGGCUUCCCCCUCGAUCGAAUUCGAUGCGAUUUGAUACUAGUUUGCCCAACCCGGUAGAACGCCACUCACAAUCGACUGGUAGAGGACCCUUGCCCGGUGGAAAACCAGGGAUGAUGAAUUAUGGUCUACCAAAUGACCCUCCGGUCACUUGGACAGAGGACGGAGGACGUCUCAGCGAGAACGAAAUGACUUGGAGGAGGGAGAACCGACGUUGUCUCAAAUGUAGAAGUCCAGAACAUUACGCCAACAACUGUCCAAAUGGAGGAAAUACGAGAAACAACAUUAGGGGAUCCCCAAACCCGCAUAGCUCACCGAUUCCUAGUGGAUCGAACUCGAUCCCAACUGGAUCCAAAGGGCCAUUAGUUCGAGGAAUGGCGGUGACCUUUGAAGAAGAGGGAAACGACUACCUGGCCUAA